GUUCUCGCCAUAGCACUAGGACAGUUCCCGCCGAAUGUUAGAGCUGCAAGCACAGCUAGCACAGUUACCGCACAGCUAGCACAGUUGGAGCUGCAACAGGAUCGUCUCCUCUCUGAUGUCUUCCCGCCGAAUUUCUGAUGAAUAAAUCCAGGGCCAAGACUUCCAAAAAGAUCCCCCUUUUGUGACAAGGUCAUCGGAUCGAUCUUCCUUCUUUCCACUGACAAACAGACCAGGUUCGCGGAAGAAAGGACUGUUCUGCUGGUGUACUACUUAGUUUUGAUGAGUAAGACAGGGCACACGACGAGCUUUUUGGAGCAGAGUCGUGCUUCGGUUUUCAUUGGCGCCGAUGAUGUAGAUUGUCGUUAUCCGUGAUAAGCCUCGCUACUUUUCCCCGAUCACAAACCAAUCUAUUCCAACAAUGAGCGCCGCAGCAUCUUCCGAACAAGGACCACAGCAGCCCAAGCGAUCCCGGUGGGGUGGUGGUGGCAAGAAAAAUAAAGCGACUACAAGUGACGCAACCACAGGAGCCUUGCAACAGCAGAAUAGCGGGACAACUACCUCCAGCGUAAUCGCAGGAACUACAUCCAUCACUGGAAGUAGAACAGGCGAUCACUCACAAAAUGGCUCAUCCAUGUCGACCCUGAUAUUGGAUGACAGCAUUCACAAAUCCGGUUCCCUCCUCCUCUUCUUCCACCACCUCCUCAGCGACCAGAAGCGGGAGUUCAUUUGCGACUACUGCAAGACAAACCACAUUUUUGGCUUCGCCAAAGCGGGCCAUCCGGGAUUUUUGCUUCUACUCGCCGCGGAUUACAGAGUUUUGCACGAGUUUGUGAACAGGGAAAUCCGACAAUUAAGGUGGCAAACGAUGGAGAUUUUGGUGGAAGUCAGGGGGACGAGAGAGUGGUUUGGAGAUUUGGUCGAAGAGCUGCAACAGAAUCUGUCUUGUAAACCAUCAAGCGUUGUCAACAAUACGACGAGAGACAGAACAGGCGGCAAUGCUAAGCCUUUCUUCCGGAAUUUUAACAAUCUAACCGAGGAGGACGUUUUGGCGGUGUGCCGGUAUGACAAGCAACGCGAUGAACGGUCCGCUGCUAAUUCAACUUCUGCUGGUCGGGGGGAAUCAUAUCACGACAAUACCAGCGAGAUGCUGACCCCCUUGCUGGCUCAUGACCUUUCCCCAGAGGAGUUCCGGCUGCAAGUGCUUCACGAAGUAGCACAGGGUAUGGACGAACAAGGAAGAAAAAUGAAUUUCACCACCAACGCAACAGACGACCACCUUUAUGACCGAGAAGUUGAGCGAAAACAGCAGGAGAUCAUGCGGAGGAUUUUCUGGCAGGACUGCGAAACCUGUGCGCAGGAAGUGGAGCUGUUGGCAAAUUACGCUUGGCCGAAUAUUAACAUGCACCACAGCUCGUCGUCGUCCCAACAAGUACAAGUAGAACCAGCAGUCAUUGCGACGACAGCCAACGCGACGACCACAGACGGAAAGGCGACAUUCCGGAAGAUCCAAAAGUCUUUCAUCGAUCUGGGCAGGUGCAACAGUUUGGAGCCCAUCCGGCGAUUCUGUCCGCAGGGAUUGUUGCAGUUCGCUGGCUUGAGUGGAGGUGGACCGGUCCUGGGGUCGAGCGUUAAUAUACGCGGAGGGGCGUCUUCAUCUUCAGCUACUGGUGCAACACCUGCCUGUAAUAACGACGAUGCCCACCUCCUUGUUCCUCUGCUAAAGCCAAAGUGGGAAAAGUAUCAAACCCACCCGGAGAGACGCCAGUAUCAUGUCGCUUCGAGUUUAUCAUCUUCCAGAAAUCAAGGCAAUAAAGUCCACAACGUUUUCGUCGGGGUCUCGGAGGAUUUGUGGCGGGGCAUGAAACCGCCCGAGAAGAGGGCGAUUGAGGAGCGGGAAGGGGGGAAUUCCGGGUAUUGAAGAAGACUUGAGAUGAACACAACGUCGAAACUUCAAUCAUACAGCUUUUCCGUAAAACCAAAUAAUGUUUCCAGAAGUAGAGCUUUAAAAAGAUCCCCGUUUGUUUCUCUUCUACGAGUGAACUUUGUUGGCAAGCAGUAAUCGACUUCCGUGCUCGUGCAGUGCUCCGUCGAAAAAGGGGCGUCGAAAAGUGCCAAGACACCGAUGUGCAACAGCUUGAUAUGAUUCCUUUGUUUCGUACCCCGGACGGUCCUGAAUCACGAGUAGACAUCGCUGAGUCAAGAGCAUGCUCCUGUCGACCGAGUUUUUAUUUGUAUCAAUAAAGCAUGUACAAUUAC